AUGGUUGAAACCAAGCGUAUAACGUCCUAUAAACCACCAUCAUUCGAUGCGCAUUCUCGUGCCAGGAUACGCUCGAUACGGCACGUCCCAUCCGCCGACUUGCUAUGGGCCGAAGAGGAGGUCCUUGGUCCCAACGUUGAAAGCAGAAAAACGUUGUUAGAGCUUGCCAAAAUGACAAACAAUGCAUAUGUUACACCCGAAGAUAGUGCUUGGUACAAGCUGAGCGGAAAUUGGACACACGACUACAAGUUCGGAUGGGAGCCGGACACCCAUGGCUUUCGUGGUUAUGUCUUCGCAACCCCUGAUAAUUCUACAGUGGUUUUGUCCAUCAAGGGUACAUCCGCUGGACUGUUCGGUAGCGGGGGACCUACUGCAAAGAAAGACAAAAUAAAUGAUAACCUCUUGUUCAGUUGUUGUUGUGCACACAUAGAUUGGACAUGGACAACAGUCUGUGGAUGCUAUCGUGGAGGAUGGAAAUGUAACCAGGACUGCUUAGAAGCCGCGUUGAUAGAAGAUAGCCUGUUUUAUCCCAUUGGAACGAAUCUGUAUAACAAUCUCACGUACAUGUAUCCUGAAUCCAACAUUUGGAUAAUAGGUCACUCAUUAGGAGGUGCUCUUGCUUCUCUGAUCGGGGUCACGUUUGGAACCCCCGUCGUGGCUUUCGAGUCACCAGGAGAAAAGCGGGCAUCACAGCUCCUACAUUUGCCCUCGCCGCCCUCGACACAUCAUGUUACUCAUGUAUAUCACACCGCGGAUCCGAUCGCAAUGGGUACCUGCAACGGUAUACUCUCAUCAUGUGCUUUGAGUGGCUAUGCGAUGGAAACUCGGUGUCAUCUGGGAAAAUCUAUUGUAUAUGACACUGUGUCUAAUCUGACAUGGUCCGUAGAUAUUCGUACACACGGUAUCGUGAGCGUAAUCGAUAACUUACUUUCUAAACCUUGGCUUCCAAGCCAGGAGGUUGGAAGAGAGGUUCCAAUAGCGGAACCCGAAACAGAUUGUGUAGAUUGCUAUAGCUGGGAGUAUGGAGAUUUUCCAGCCUAG